ACUCUGCUAGCUUCGCGUUCGACGACCGGUUAAGAGCUUUCGCCCACCGCGGACUAGACGUGAUGCGGGCAGGAAGAGAAUUCUAAAUAUUUGGGCUCCAAAAUGGGUCAGGCCUCGCGUUAGCCACCGCUAGCUUAGCAUAUAAUGUAAACAUUUUCUUGACACCCUUUAUGUUGCGCUUUUGCUUGUUUGAAACGUUAAAACCCGGUCGUGCAAACCGCCUCAAUCAGCCAAAUGUGUGUUAAAUGUUAUUUCGUAGCGACUACGACUACGAGUACGUGUGUGAGGCUGCCUUUGUAUUUGCCUCCAUUGGCACGCAGCCAUUUAAUGGCGAGUCCUUAUUUAGCUAACGUUAGCACCCCAAAGGACGAUGCUCGUUUUUGUUUGUUCGCCGUUCCCGAGUUAGUUAGGUCACCGGCGGCGUGUUUCGCUCCACCGCCUCGCCGUGCGGCCAGCCACUAGCCACCCGCCCCAGCCCGGCGUCCCGGCCGCCGGCGCAAUUAAUUCAGCCAAAUUGGCUUUAGCCUCUUCGGCUAGCAUGGCCACCGGAAUUCAUCAAGCGAUUGUCUCGCUUCAUGGCGUCAGGCCUUGAUGAACACCUUUCCACACGCACACGCACAAGCAUGAGCACGUCGCCAUUUGAGCAUUUAUUACUCUACUAUCCUCGUUAAGGUGUAUUUGUACGGUCUUUGUCCUCACUAUUAUGACAAUCCAGCGCACUCGUAAAGUAUGACAUUUCUGCACAUUUGAAGGACAACUGGUAUAUUUUACAAAUGAGACAAAACUGCACUAGUUGACAUCUAUGUGCCGUGCUACUACAGUAGUACUACAAGUGAAGCAUGCAAGCACACAGUUGCAAAGCAGUGCAAUUUUGCCUCACUACUGAGGACCGGGGUCCAAAUCCGGGCCCCGCCUGUGUGGAGUUUGCAUCUUCUCCCCGUGCCUGAGUGGGUUUUCUCCGGGUACUCCGGUUUCCGCCCACAUCCCAAAAACAUGCAGGGUAGGUUGAUUGGAGACUCUAAAUUGGCCGUAGGUGUGAAUGUGAGUGCGAUUGGUUGUUUGUUUCUAUGUGCCCUGCGAUUGGCUGGCGACCAGUUCAGGGUGUACCCCGCCUCUCGCCCGAAGAUAGCUGGGAUAGGCUCCAGCGGACCCGCGACCCGAGUGAGGAUAAGCGGAAAGGAAGAUGAAUGAAUUAAUGAAUAGUAGCCUAUUAUGUCGAAUGUGUCCUGCUGGUGAGGACAAAGAGGGUACUAGUACAUGGACCUUAAGAUGGCUAUCAAGAACUUACUUGUAAUGUUUUUCCACUAUUAGUGCCACUUUUGGCCUUCUAGUAAGCAACUUACUAGUUAGCUACUGUGCACCCUAGUUGUUGGAUAUCCAGCACAAGUAGAAUGACUAGGAUGCACUAGUACAACGACUGAAUCUUACUUGUAAUGUGUUUUCCACGACUAGUGCCAUUUUAGCCUUCUAGUACGACCUUAAGCUGGAUAUCGAAUAAAUGCAUACAUUUAUGGGAAGCGUUUGAGCAUUUAUUCGACACCUUGAUAUCCAUCUUAAGGUCCAUGCACUAGUACACUCUUUGUCCUCCCUAAUAUGACAAGUUAAAGUACUAGAACGACCAGAGCAGACUAGAAUGACUGUCUUUAUUAGUAACGAUUUUCCACGGCUAGUGCCACUUUUGGCCUAGUAGUACGCAAUUAAAUGUUAGCAAUGCUGCACUAGUAACAAUACUAGGCCCAGUGGAAGGCAGUAGUGGAAACAAUGUUACUACUAGUGCGCCUUAGUUGUUGAAUUUUACCCAAUUUAAGGCCCAUGUACUAGUAAGCGCUUUGUCCUCACGAGUAAAAAAGACAAUUCAGCACAUUAGUAGAAUGACAAUUAUUUCUUAAUGUAAUGUAUUAUUUCUUAAUUUCUAAAUGUAAUGUAAUGUUAUUUCCACUACUGGUAUCCCUUUUGUCCAAGUUUUACCGCAUUUUCACAUCAAGAGUUGCCAAAUUCUACAUUGAAGAAGUGCAAGAUUACGUCUUUUUCGAGAACUCCUCCAGUAAUCCUUACCUGAUCCGGCGAAUAGAAGAGCUCAACAAGACGGCCAGCGGCAACGUGGAGGCCAAGGUGGUGUGCUUCUACAGGAGGAGGGACAUCUCGCACAGCCUCAUCCAGCUGGCAGACAAACAUGCAAAGGAGCUGGAGGAGGAGAAGGAGAACCCCACAGAGACUGAGCUCACAGACAAACAGAAGCACCAGCUUCGCCACAGAGAACUCUUCCUCUCGCGCCAGUACGAGAGCUUACCCGCCACGCACAUCAGGGGGAAGUGCAGCGUGGCGUUAUUGAAUGAGACUGAAGCGGUUCUUUCGUACCUCGACAAGGAGGAUACCUUCUUCUACUCGCUGGUUUAUGACCCGACGCAGAAGACCCUGCUGGCCGACAAAGGCGAGAUCCGAGUGGGGCCCCGCUUCCAGGCCGACGUGCCGGAAAUGCUCCUGGAGGCUGGUCAGGGAGAUGACAGGGACCAGGCCAAACUGGAGGAGAAACUCUGGGAUCCGGAGUGUCCGCUCACCAACAAACAGAUUGACCAGUUUCUGGUGGUGGCGAGGGCGGUCGGCACCUUCGCCCGGGCGCUAGACUGCAGCAGCUCGGUCCGACAGCCAAGUUUACACAUGAGCGCGGCAGCAGCGUCGCGCGACAUUACACUGUUUCACGCAAUGGACACUCUGCACGCGCACAACUACGACCUAUCGAGCGCACUGAGCGUGCUGGUGCCGGCGGGCGGUCCCGUGCUCUGCCGAGAUGAGAUGGAGGAGUGGAGCGCCUCGGAAGCGGCCAUGUUUGAGGAGGCGCUGGAAAAGUACGGCAAGGACUUCAACGACAUCCGACAAGACUUUCUUCCCUGGAAGUCUCUGACCAGCAUCAUAGAGUACUACUACAUGUGGAAGACCACGGACAGAUACGUGCAACAGAAGAGGCUGAAGGCGGCUGAGGCCGAGAGCAAGCUGAAGCAAGUUUAUAUUCCCACAUAUAAUAAGCCCAACCCCAACCAGAUCUCGCUGACCAAUGGCAAGAUGGCGACCGUGAACGGCGCAGGGCCUGGAGCCUUCCACGCGGCGGGCGGGGGUCGAGCCUGCGAAAGCUGCUACACCAUGCAGUCGGCCCAGUGGUACUCGUGGGGUCCCCCCAACAUGCAGUGCCGCCUGUGCGUCUCCUGCUGGAUGUACUGGAAGAAGUACGGCGGCCUGAAGAUGCCUAGCCGAGCCGAGGUGCCCGAGGAGAGGACCUCCCCCAGCCCGGCCGCCAACGAGCCCCGGUCGCGGAGUCACGCCCCGCGCCAGUCCAACCACAUUCCCAUGCGCAACAGCGGCAGCCCCAAGUCGUCCAUGAAGACCAAGCAGGCCUUCCUGCUGCAGGCCACCCGCCUCACCAAGCUGGCGCGCCACAUGUGCCGCGACGUCAUCAGGCUGCGCCGCGCCGCGCGCCGCCCAUUUGUCCCCAUUAACUGCGGCGCCAUAAAGGCAGAGUAUGUAUCAAGGGUGUCUGAAGGUCACGGAACCCGCCUCCCCAAAAUCCGAGCGGCGCAGCGCAGCACUCUGACCAGCGUAGUGCAGUUUCUAGAGUCCCGUCCGGCAUCCCAGGCCCCCCGUUCCCACCGUACGGCCGGUCUGCAGACGCCGCCGCCGCGACGCCUCCUGUCCUCACUGCCGCACGGGCCCCACGGCAUGCUGGGAAAGCGCAGCUUCCACCACCACAGCAGAGGAGCGGAGCCAGACAGGCGCUCGGAGAAUCCCGGAACCACAGGUGGCGCUCUACUGCACAAUGGCCGCAGCAGCAGCGGCGGAAGCACCCGCGGAGGCGUGAUGAUCCGAAAGAGGCGCCCCAACUGGAUCGACGCCCCAGAUGACAGCUUCUUCCUCGUCACCCGGGAGACCAGGAGGGCGAGGCGGCUGCUGUCGCGCUCGCAGCUCCGGCGCGCUUGUCGGCAGCCCUGCGAGCAGAUCACCCUGCGGCGGGCCUCCCAGGCGCCCCCGCCGCAGGGGUUGGUCCUGGGGCCGCCGCACCCGCACCCCAGCCUGAGGAUGCGAGGCCCCAUCGUCAUCCACGACUGAUGGACACGUUCUCCUCCCUUCUUUUUCUCUUUUUCUCGUCAGACCCGUAUAGUCCUCGAUAGCCGUGAGCCGCCAGGCAACACAAAUACACACCUGCCCCCUUUUUGUUUCUUAUUUAGAUCCAUCCUGCCAAUUUAUUAGGUACUCCUUAAUUGGAAGUAAACGUAUGCUUCAUUCAGGAGGUGCGUGAGCCUCGACACUGCAGGGAUGUGGAACCUACGGAAUGGUGGGCCAGCAUACAGUCCCCCAGAGCAAUUAAUGUGGUUCUAAAACAAAAAACCCAAAUAAUAUAAUGUACAGAUAUUGCCCUGUGAUUGAAUUAAAAAAAAUGGAACAAAUUGAAAACAUAAAUGCUCACAAAAUACAGUAUCAUAGUUUGUUGCAUAAUAUUUUUUUUAAAUACAUUUCAUAAGACUUAAUAAAAGCUUAAAAAGGUUCCCUACCCCUGAAUGAAUAAACAGGAAUUGGAAUCUCAUCAUUCAAAUUUGCAAUUUGGAAAUAUAAAUUAGUUUUUUUAAGGAAUAAAUAAUGCAGUAUGAUUCAAGAGUGUGGCACAAAAACACAAUUAAUCAAGUUUAGCAGAUAAACGGUCGAGUGACUUAAUACAUCAAUGCGUGUGUGUGUGUGUGUGUGUUGUCAAGACGAGACGAAUGCAUAUUUAUUAUUAUUUUUUUUUAAAUGAAUGGACAUAUGAACGUUUUGUGUUGAGUGUGACUCGUGAUGUAGGUUUGUAUAAUUUUUUUUUUAGGGUGAGGAAGAGGGCUCAAAAGAGUUAUUAAAUGGGUUGACUUAUUGGUUAUCAAUCAAUUAAAUCUCCAUCCAAUGUCAAAUAUAAGUCCAAUCCUCAGGCAAGUUGUAUUUAAAUAGUAUGUAACGUAGGACUAAAUGACCAUUGCAUCAUUAGCAUUAGCCAACAUAGACGAGGCAAAUAUCCAACGCUUACGUUUAAAAAUAAAAUUAGAGAAAAAAUGCACUUUUAAAAAACAAAUUCACAUAGAUUUUGGUUAGUUAUUUUUUUUUUAAAUCACAAAGUUUGGGAGAAAGGCAUCAAUAAAAAGGAAUGAUACAAGCUUGGCACACAAAGGUAUUCACAUUAAAUAAGUGAAGCGCUGUGAAUAAUGCAUCUGGAAAGUAUUCACAGUGCUUCACUUUUGACCGCAUUUGUCCCCUUACAAAUUUGGCCUUGCGCAUAUUCUCCAAGUCGACUUGAGCACAUUUCCUUACGCUCUUCAGAGGCUGUAGUAAGUCAAGCGCCCGGGAAUGUGAAACAUCAUAUUGCACUUGAUGUUUGGAUGCAAUUACAAUAUACCCCACACAUACUAAUAAUAUUCUGAAAGAGACUUCUAUUGGAUUUAUUUCAUACAAAAUAAAAAAAGGAUACAUGAAUAUUUCAUGAUUGCCUUGCUUUCCAAUCACGCCUCCUUGGUGUUUCCGCAUUCAUUCACAGUUAACGCACGGUGGGUGUGAGAAGCUCGAAUGGGAGAAUACGCUUAGAUGGAAAGUUUGCCAAUCCAUGCGUGUAAAAAAGGACUUGCCUGUGAGCAGGAGAAUAGGGCCAUUAGAUGUUCAUUCAAAAAGUCAAGCCCUGUCAAUUGAGUGCAUUGGGAAAUUAUUCAGCCCUUCACUUUUUCAACAUAUUGUCCAUCCAUCCAUUGUCAACACCGCUUAUCCCGGUUAGGGUCACGGGGCGCUGGAACCUAUCCCAGCUGACGAAAGGCGGACUACACCCUGAACUGAACUGGUCGCCAGUCAGUCACAGGGCACAUAUAGACACGGACAACCAUUCACACCAUCACUGAGUGGGAACUGAUCCCACACUGCCCGCACCAAAGUCAGGCGAGUGCACCACUACACCAUCAGUGACUUUCAACAGUAUUGUUUCCACCUUGAUCCAAAAUUGACUACUGACUCAAGUCGUUUUAGACAGGAUGCCCCACACUUGGUGCACAAAUAUUUGGUCAGUUUUUCCCAUUUCUGUCUUUUUUUUUUAUAUAUAUAUAUAUAUAUAAAUUUGCAAACAUCUGCAAAAAAAACAAAAAACUAAGUGUUUAAUUGCUAACAGCCCUGGAACGCUGGCCUCGGCCUGCAACUCUUAUUGUUUAUAAUUAUGUUUUUUUUUUAUGAGGGAAAAAAUAAAAUCAGGCAUGAGUUUCAGGUGAAACUCUGAUUUCUUCAAUGGGAAUGUUUGUGUUUU